UAUAAGUGUUUUGAGUGGCUUCACGCCGUGUUAGAUAAGUCUAUGUGUAGUCGUUUACUAACAUAGACUAGCUUUAAGCGUAGUGAUAUGUCUGUUAAGUUGCAACAGUCUUAAAAGAUGUAAUAUUAACACAGCAUUGACACAUAUCCUAGAUCAAAAUGUAAACUUAUGUUUUAUUUAUUUUCUAUACACGAAGUUCUCACUAUAAAUUUAAGCAACAAGUGAAAAUGUUCAAUUGUUAGGAUAUUGUCUUCAAUAUAGUUACAAGCUCUGCAAGUAACAUACAAAUCAUGUAUUUCGACCCGUGUGUUGGACAUUUCACCUUAUUGUCUUGUAUCGUUGCGAUUUGUCAAGUUUUUGGUCUUCAGAUGACCACUGUCUGCAGUCCGAAAAAUGCCACUGGCCUCCUACAAUGUAUGAAGGGGCAAUGGAUACAGAUCCUGUCUGAGUCCUACAUCCCGCAGAUAGCAGGCGAGGUAGUUGACGGGUCGUCGUGUGACUUCAACUUCACCAGUCAAUGCAGCUCGGUGAGAACGGACAUGGAGGCAAAUUGCAACGGACCUUGUCCAGAUAAUGGUUGCCAGGAACUUGUGGAUGUGCCAGGUGUUCAGUCUCAAGUUCCAUGUUUAUUUUCAGCUCAUCAUGUCGGGGUUUUGGUUCAAUAUGAGUGUAUUGACGAUUCUACAAUUAUAGACAUGUGUACUGGAGAAAUCUCAUUACAAAUAUCUUACCCAACGAUUUAUUUGUCGAGUCCGAAGUUUCCAAACACCAUUCCACAAAAUACAAGCUGUGUUUGUCACAUACAAGGAACACGUCUGACAGUCUCUGCGCUACAGAUCAAUGCUCAAACAAAACUCCCUUGGGGGCUGACAGAACCAUACAGUUCUGUGUUGACAGUACAGAACAAUGACAGCUUUCUGUGGCAGUCCAGUAAUCUUUGCAAAAAUUGUACCAGCAUUCACAUUCAGAAUGAAAAUCUCUAUCUAUCUCAGGCAACAAACUACGCGAAUAUCACUAUUACAUUUUCAAACUUUGGACUUCCUCACCAACUUGUUUGGUUACAAGUCAGUGGUCAAGGUCAAACAAUGAGCGCAACAUGUUCUUCAAGUCCUUUACCACCAGAUAGAAUCAUAACUACUACUACAACGACGACCACAUCAUCGACAACCACAUCAAUAUCGAUGGCAACAUCCACAACAUCAUCAAUAUCAUCGACAACAACAACUUACACAACAUCGACAGUAGGCCUAUCAUCAGUAUCUUCUUCAACAUCCAUAAUAUCAUCAGUACCAUCUACAACGUCUUCUUCGACAUCCACAAUAUCAUCAGUACCAUCUACAACGUCUUCUUCAACAUCCACAAUAUCAUCAGUACCAUCUACAACGUCUUCUUCAACAUCCACAACAUCAGCAGUACACCUACCAUCUACAUCUACGUACACAAAAUCAUCAGUACCAUUUACAACAUCUAUAUCAACAAGCACACCAUUUAUUGCAUCAUUUUCAACAUCCACAUCCUCUACAACACCUCCAACCACUUCAACAAUAUCUGCUGUUCACACAACAUCUACAGCAACACUUGCUCCACAAACAACUUCAAUGUCAACAACAUUAGGAAUGCCCGAUGCCACGCAGAGUGAACUGUCAGACAGCUCUACAACUAGUAGAUCUACAGCAACAUCAGCGAGCAUAACGCCACCACCAACAAGUGCACAACCAAACUCAAGCACAGCAUCUGAUGGCGUCAUUGGAACAUCACACCAUUUUGAAUCAGCAUCUACCACCUACAUAAAAAGUACAACCCAAGACCCAGCAAUGAUAACACAAAACCAACCAACACUGACAACAAAAGAUGCAGCUUCUAGUCUCCUUGCAGCAAGUAACAAAAGAAGUGAUUCUCAAACUCUGGUCAUCAUUCUUGUCAUUAUCUUGUUAGUCCUGCUGAUUAUUGUUAUUAUUGUUGGAGUCAUGGUUCUUAGAAAGAGACGAAAGUUCACCUACAAUGGUAAAGUUGGGUUCAAAGCAUUAUUUCUGUCGCUCUAUCACCAAAUGACCAAUAGACAUCCUCGGGAGAGAGACCCAUCUAAACUGGACUUUCACAGUGGCUCGUUUGAUUCUUUAGAGUUGUCAGGCAAAGAUCACAAGACUGGUUCAAUACCUGAAGAAGCUAUAUAUACAACUGAGCUAAAGAAUUCCGAAAGUAUGGGAGAUAAUCUGUACAUCAAUUCUUUAAACACUCAGAUUAUUCCCCCUGAUAUUAAAAUGAGUGUUCGUGCUACAGGAGAUAGCCAGGAAAAGACAUUAACGUGUCAACAACCUUCUUUAGAAACUCCAGUAACUCAACGUAGCAUUGACAAUUCAGUUGAAAUGAGUUUAAAAUUGGAUGAUGAUUCAACUCAUGAAAAAGAAACAGAUAAAAUUUCAACAGGGAAACAUGACACUCCCACUUCUGACACCAUUAAGCCAGACAGUCAAAACAAUGUUAUCUUCUUUGAUGAAACUUAUGUAAAUUGUGAUGAAAGCAUGGCACCACCACUAUCACCAAAAGCCAACAUUGUGACACAGAAACAAUCAGUUGAUGACAAAACUCAGGAAACUGUAUCACCAAGCAAUAGUAAAACAUUUAUAGCACUAAAUAAAGUGCCACAGUUAGUAACAGACCAAAGACGCAAUCAACUGCCAACUCAUGAUGUUAACAGAAUGAAAGAGUUAGACCCCAUUGAGAACAACAUAAAAGAAGAAACAGAAUCCGUCAAAGACUAUAAGAGGCAAAAAAUAUCCAAAAUGAAAAACAAAAGAACACACAAUAAUAUAGUAGACAAGCAACAUGCAUCAGAAGAUUUACACAGUGUAGAGUUUCACCAAAAUGAUCAAAGCUCAUUUUCAACAUUAGAACAGCCCUCAAUUAGAGUGAAACAAGAAGAACCGCCAAGUGGAAAUUCCCACAAAUCUCUUUUUCAACCACAAGAACCUCCAUCUUCAUUUCACCAAGUGAUAGACAAAGAUAACAAAAUAUCUAGCUCCAGCUCAGAUUACAUGGGACAAAUCAUCUCUUCACCUGAUGACCAAACUAAAAAGAAGUUAAAAAGUAGGCUCAAAACAGGAGAAAAACAAAACCCACAAUCAAGAAAUUCAACACCAUCUAUUUCUUUUUCUUCACCUGUUCACGUAACAAACAAUCCAAACACUUUAGAUGAGAUUACAAACAGCACUAAGCAAACAAUGUCACCUGUAGAUAUUACAGACAGCACACCAGAGCUGACAUCAUCCUAUGAAGACACAGACAUUAUCAAAGUUAGUCAUCCUGAAGUGAAACACAAGAAAACUUCCAAAUCUCAAAAAGUCUCUGACAUUUUACAGCAAUCUCUGGACAUGAUAAAACAACAAAGAAAGCAAAAUGAAUUUGUUGAUAGAUUCAAUACAAGUGAAUCAAAGAACUUAAAUAGUGAAUCACAAAGUUUUGAUUCUAGUCAGUGUUAAAGUCUAAUCUAAGGUAUCUGGUCAAAUGUUCGCGCGUCAGUUGUUCGCGCGUUAAUUGUUCGCGCGUCAAAUGUUCACUUGGUCACUUCAUCCCCGGUCAUUUCAUCCCCUGGUCAUUCCAUAUCCCGGUCACUUCAUCCCCAAUUAAAUUGAAAGGUAUGAAGUCUGACAUCCAAAAGCAGAAAGCAAAGUUCCUGUUAGGCGUUACAGGUAGCACGGAUCCAAUCAAUCGUCGCUAUCAACGCUUGAAUGAACGUGUCAAACAAGCCGUAGAUGGAUUUUGACGUGCUGAAAUCUUGGUAGACUUGCGUGCGUUGGCUCAUCUGUCAUAUUCGUUGCAAGGAUAGACAAUUAUUGUCAUGAGUGUUUACUUUACUGUUAUGAUUGAUAUUCAUUCUGAUGUUAAUUAAAAUAUUGGCCUAUAUAUAGUA